AUGUCCAGAGGCACGGGUUGCUUGCAUGAAUGGCAGGAAGCUCAAGGUACAAGGGAAGCAACCCCAGAGAAUCAGUCGGAGAGGAUUUGGAAACCGCCACCUGAGGAUAGAAUCAAAGUUAACCUCGAUGCGGGGUGGACAGGAAGCUCUUCAACUGGCUUUGGCCUAGUAGCGCGAGACCACAACUCAUGUUUGUUAGUUGCAGCCACCCUUAUGGAUGAGUUUAGAUCAGAGGCUACUGUGGCAGAAGCUAAGGCUAUGCGGUGGUGCCUAGCUACGAUCAGAGACAUGGGCAUGGAGGCUGUCAUCGUGGAAUCCGACUCUGCAUUGGUAAUUCGAGCUAUGCACUCACUCAGAUGCAGACCUGAUAUUGAUCCCCUUAUCCAUGAUUGCAAGGAGCUGGCUAAGUCUUUUAGUUUUAUAUCUUUCAGUCAUGUUAAUAGGACAGCAAAUAAUGCAGCUCAUGUGCUAGCAUCUUUAGCAAAUGAUUUUCCUUCCGCUACCUGGUGGGAUAGUCCACCUCAGAUUGUAGCAGAGGCUAUGCUUGUAGACGCUUAUUCAACUCACUAA